GUGAAACCGUUGAACUAUUGGGCCAUCAUUAAAUUUUCAGGCGGAAGUCUGACUCUAUUUAAAGCGAGAGGCCGAGCUGUUCUGAUGAACAAAACACAAAACUAACUCUCUCGUAAUCAUCCAAUUAACAAAGACUUAUAGUCUUCGUCUGUUGCCUGCGUGACUGACGGUGUCUCUGUCUCUGUCUCGGUCUCUUCGAGGAGGAUAAGGAGCAUAUUUACAGGUCGGGCGGAAAUUGACUGCAGCGAAGGAAUGAUGGGUUUUCGCAAGGAUCCAUUUUGUGGCCUUCUCGUUUACAUUUGCAUUGGAUUAUGCUUUGCAUCGCAAUGCUUUGCCGAUGAAGUUUCUGCAGACCAGACAGCUCAGCUGACUGUAAAUGCUUCUGAUGCUGCGGGGCGACCCAUACCAGAAACACUCUUCGGGAUCUUCUUUGAGGAAAUUAACCAUGCUGGAACUGGUGGGUUGUGGGCAGAGCUUGUGAGCAAUAGAGGUUUUGAAGCUGGAGGCCCUAACAUUCCUUCGAACAUUGAUCCUUGGACCAUUAUCGGAGACGAGACACAUCUGAAUGUGUCAACGGAGCGUUCCUCAUGCUUCAGUCGCAAUAUAAUUGCCCUCAGGAUGGAUGUCCUUUGUGACGCUAGUGGUGCCAAUACUUGUCCAGAUGGGGGUGUCGGUGUCUACAAUCCAGGAUUUUGGGGCAUGAAUAUCGAAAAAGGGAAGACCUAUAAGGUGUUGUUCUAUGUGAAGGCGUUAGGAUCACUCAAUCUCACCGUAUCUUUAACGGGUUCAAGUGGGCAGCCAACACUUGCCAUUGCUAAUGUUAUAGCUUCAGCUUCUGGCGUCUCGGACUGGAGCAAGAUGGAGGUUCUGUUGGAGGCCGAAGACACGAAUCAUAAUUCGAGACUUCAAUUGACAAGCACCCAGGAAGGAACCAUAUGGUUGGACCAAGUUUCGGCCAUGCCUUUGGACACAUACAAGGGACAUGGUUUCCGAACUGAUCUGAUGAAUAUGCUUCUAGAAAUGAAACCUCGAUUCCUCAGAUUUCCUGGUGGGUGCUUUGUUGAAGGUGAAUGGCUAAGAAAUGCAUUCCGCUGGAAAGAAACAGUGGGGCCCUGGGAAGAGAGACCGGGUCACUUUGGUGAUGUCUGGAUGUACUGGACCGAUGACGGUCUAGGUCAUUUCGAGUUCCUUCAGCUUGCUGAGGACCUUGGCGCAGCGCCAAUAUGGGUUUUUAACAAUGGAAUUAGCCACCAGGAUCAAGUUACUACCUCUAGUGUCUUACCUUUUGUACAGGAAGCCCUUGAUGGAAUUGAGUUUGCUAGAGGUUCUACUGAUUCUAAAUGGGGUGCUCUGCGAGCUGCCAUGGGACAUCCCGAACCUUUUGAUUUGAAAUAUGUCGCUGUUGGAAACGAAGAUUGCGGGAAAAAGAAUUACUUAGGAAAUUACCUCAAGUUCUAUGGCGCCAUAAAAGCAGCCUACCCUGACAUUGGGAUUAUCUCAAACUGUGAUGGGUCUUCCAAACCAUUGGAUCAUCCUGCUGAUUUUUAUGAUUAUCAUGUUUAUACGUCUGCCAGCGAUUUGUUCUCGAGGUAUCAUACGUUUGAUAAGACACCUCGUAGUCCAAAGGUGUUUGUGAGUGAGUAUGCUGUGACUGGAAAAGAUGCUGGCCGGGGAAGUUUGUUGGCGGCCCUUGGUGAAGCUGGUUUCCUUCUUGGGAUUGAAAAGAACAGUGAUGCCGUCUCAAUGGCCAGUUAUGCACCACUCUUUGUUAAUUCGAAUGAUCGGAGGUGGAACCCAGAUGCAAUUGUGUUCAACUCAUCGCAUCUGUACGGAACUCCGAGCUACUGGAUGCAGCUUUUCUUCUCAGAGUCAAGCGGUGCAACUGUCCUUGAUACGACACUUGAAGCCGGUUCCUCCAGCUCAGUGGUCGCCUCGGCAAUCUUGUGGAAGAAUUCAAAGGAUAACAAGGAGUACAUAAGGAUUAAGGCUGUAAACUUCGGAAGCAGCUCUGUUAAGCUCAACAUUACUGUCAACGGAUUGGAUCCGAAUUCUCUCUCAGGGUCAUCAAAAACAGUCCUGACUUCUACUAAGGUGAUGGACGAGAACUCGUUUGGGCAGCCAAACAAGGUGGUCCCCGUGCUGAGUCUACUCAAAGCUGCAGGCAAUGACAUGGACGCUGUUCUCUCUCCAUAUUCUUUCACUUCGUUCGAUCUGCUGAAGAAGUCGAGCAGCAUCAAGGUCCUUGGAUCGGACGACUCUUCGUCUAGAUCUUCUAUCUAAUAAGAUGACCACGUAAGCUUGUGUCCACGAAUAAAAUGGCCUCGAUUGAUAACAUGUAUAUUCUCCACGUAAUAGUCAUUUUAAUUCCGAGGCCUGUAAAUUAACUUAUAAAUAAUAGCUUUCUCAGAACGACAUUAUCUCUUCUCCUCUUCUACAUUUUGCUCUUACAUGGGAUGGAUUAAUUGUUGCUGUUAGAAUUUCUUAACAUAAUGUUUGUUUUUUAAAUUAAA